AUGUCCACGGGAUUUCUUUAUCCAGGCCUUAAGCCUUGGGCUGAGCUUAUCCGCACCCUUCGCAGGAUCGGGGAGACAGAUGAGGUGUGCAACCAGGAGGGCGUGUGCACCAAGUGGCCAGUCUACUGCCUGAACACGGACCUCACCUGGCUGCCGGCUUCAGAGGCUCAUCGCGCAGAGGCGGUGGCGGCUGCAUGGGGCGGCAAGGUCACUGGCCUUUGCAGCCGCUUGGGCAGCGGUGAAGCUGCUCCCCUCGCCAUGAAUCGCCUGCCCCUUGCCCUGGCCUUGGCGGCCGUCGCCGGCACCGCCUUCGUGGCACUGCCGGCCACCACGUCGCGGGUGGCAGCCGGGCAGUCGGCUGGAAGGACGCAGUCCAAGUCGGAGGGCAGCUGGGGACUGGCAGCGGCAGGCCUGGCGGUGGGCGCCCACGUUGGCCUUGCCAUGGCCACCCGCACCGCGCGCAAAGCGGAGUCGAGCUACAAGGAGACCCCUGCAGACGAGCGCCUCUUUGAGCAGGUCUACCUGCAGUACACCUCAGAGUACAUGAAGGGCCCCAUGUACUGGCACAAGGACAAGUUGCAGGGAAGCCUGCCAGACUACCCCGGACGCCCUAUGAUCAGGGAUGGCAAGUACACCCCUUAUGUGCUGGGCAACCUGAAGUCCUUCAGCUCCAACGAGUUGGCCUUCCUCUCCAUGCUCUUCUUCGGCGUGGGACUCUAUGGCAACUUGCAGUUCAACUACUAUGACCCGCAGUGGGCCAAGGUGGAUGCCGGCGGCUACUUCAAUGUGUCCUACAUUGUGGAAUCCCUGCUGCUGCCCAUCUCCUUCUUCAUGCACAUUGCAUGCUACAUCCAGAAGCAGAACGGCAAGUGA